AUAGAUGUGGUCCUUCAGGGAGAGCAUGCAAGAGUAAGUCGAGAAGAUGGUCAAGGGACAAUAGCCUUGGAGAACACAGUUCCUGGAGAGCAGCAGUUAGCAAAAAGGCAGAGAGGUAAGGAAGUAAAAAAAGAGGCGUGAUUUAACAAUGAAAUGGUCAACGCAGAUACUCUUAAAGGUGAAGUAAGAUAAAGACUGAAAAGUUAAUCAUAUCCGGUGAUUAUGAAGUGCUGAGGAUCGCGGAGCAAUUUCAGUGGAGUGCAGGGGCAAAGGCCGACCACAGCAGUCUAAGAGCAAAGGUGCAAGUGAGGAAGUGCAGCUAAUAAUUUAAGACUUUGGCUUUGUUGUGAAAAUGUAGGCACAGGCGACUGCAGGGCUGGAGGAAAACAAUGUAAGAGAUCAGUGAGUGGCACCAGGUGGGAGACGGAGGACAAGGGUCAACUGGUAGCUUAAAAAAUAGAGAUCCUUGAGGAGCGAAGAGAUCAGAGCAAUCAAAAGAAAGAUUUCUUCGGAGUUUGGGAUCGGGAGGUGGGUGGGGUUAUAGGCAGGGGGUGGGGAAUAGACGGAAUUCGCACGUCACACCUAAUAGCCUCAAUUUUCUCCGUAGAAUAAAAGGAUUCUCUGCAGAGACCGAGAAAGGCGGAGGUCGGGCAAAUGACUCGAGGACAAUACUGAGUGGGAGAGAAAGCUGCCCAGGAAAAAGCAAAAAGGAUUACUGAGGGGUGCUGACGGUGUUUAACUAUGAAUUUAAGGUGGCACCUUGAGAUUGAUGUAAAGCGCAGAGAAGGCAGAUGAAGGCUGACUUCCGCUUAAAUCCCUACCCUCGACGGCCCAGACGUGCGGGCACCAAGGCGUGUGGCCCAAUAGUGUCUGAGAGCCUACUGCGCCUUCUUGAAAAGCACCAGAACGGCCAGAGUGUCUGUUUUCCGUAGCUUUAGCAUCCCAAGGCUUUUACGGAAAUCGAGCCAUUUUUAAAAGGAGGAAGGAGACGCCGGGAGAUGAGAUGAGGGGCUGUGCCCAGUUUUUUUUCCUCGAGCCAUACGGGGGGAGGACAGGCGGCCGCUCCAGGUCCAAGAACUGCUCCUCCGGGGGGAGGAGGGAGCCCUGACCCGGCGUGGCCAGGCGGAAGCGCCUCUGCCAUUGGCCCAGCGGCGUCCUUUACCUGAGCCGAGCCCGGGGCCGGGGCGCAAAGUCCGCGGCGCCGGGCCAAGGAAGCGGCCGUCGGCAGCGCAGGUGAGCCCCGCCAUCGGCCAGGCAAGAUGCCUCUGGGGCUGCGGCGAAACAAGAAAGCCAAGUCCAGGGAGAGCGCCCGGCUGGUGGAGGGCGAGCCGGCGGGCGCGCGCGGAGGCCUCCCGGACCCCCCGGGUCCCGCGCGCAGGUUUGUUUUCCACGCGCAGCUGGCGCACGGCAGCGCCACGGGCCGAGUGGAGGAUUUCGCCAGCAUCCAGGAGCUCUACGCCAAGAUCGCGGGCGUGUUCGAGAUCUCGCCGUCCGAGAUCUUGUAUUGCACUUUAAACACCCCUAAAGUUGACAUGGAAAAACUCUUAGGAGGACAACUGGGUCUUGAAGAUUUCAUAUUUGCCCACGUGAAAGGGAUCAGAAAAGAAGUGGAUGUCUAUAAGUCUGAGGAUUCCCUUGGUCUCACCAUUACGGAUAAUGGUGUUGGCUAUGCUUUUAUAAAGAGAAUUAAAGAUGGUAGCACAAUUGACUCAGUUAAAACAAUCUGUGUGGGCGAUCAUAUCGAAUGCAUAAAUGGAGAAAAUAUCGUUGGAUGGCGUCAUUAUGAUGUUGCUAAGAAGUUAAAGGAAUUAAAAAAAGAGGAACUCUUUACAUUGAAGUUAAUAGAACCUAAGAAAGCAUUUGAAAUUGAGCCAAGGUCCAAAGGUGGAAAGUCGUCGGUGGAAAAAAUCGGUACUGCAAAGGGGACACUUCGCCUGAGAUCGAAAGGUCCUGCCACCGUGGAAGAAGUGCCACAGGGCUCUCCUCGCUGUCCCCAGACACUCAGAUGUGUCCCACCUCAGGGGCUUUGUACAGCUGUGUCCUCUGUCCGAGGGCGUUGCCCAUUUAUUGGCACAGCCUGCAGACUUGCUGCCUUCAGGUUUCUGCCCAUGUGUCACCUUGACUAGAAGGCCUUCGCUGAGUAUCUCAUGUAAGUAGCAGUUCCCACCACCCCUCCUGCUGCUCAAUCCUCCUCGCUCUUAGUUUCAUCGAAGUGCUAAACACGGUAGGACUUAUCAUAUCUUUAUUUCCUUUUUGUCUAUUGUUAGGUGCUUUGCUCACAUGUCUUGUUUCCUUCAGUAUCCCCAGCACCUAGUACCUGACACAUCAAAGGAGCUCAAGUCUUUGCUGAAUUAAUGAAUUAAUAAAUAAUUCACUUAAGCUUGAGAAGAGUAAGGGUUUUGCUGAUUGACUGGGUCAGUAUUUGAGUGAAAAACACCAGCAGGAAAAGAGACAAACGGAGGGAAAGGGGUGGAAGAAGAGGCUGGCAGGGGGAAGGGACAGCAGCGGAAAGGAUUCCAAGUGUCAAGGGCAGGUCAGGCCCACCCGCAAUAGCGAAGAUGGUGGUGAGGAAGUCAUUGUGCAGGCAGAGGGGAGGGCAGGCGGGCAUCUGAGACUCAGGAGCUCCUGCAGCAAGGGGUGCAGAUACCAGCCCGUCUGGUUCACCAUGUGUGUAUUGUCCUAGGGUUCUUCACAUGUGUGGAGAGCAAAAGAGUAAGACAGUGAACAGUUAGGAGGCUGUUUUCACAGAGGGGGAGCCCAGAGCAUGUGGGGUGAUGACGUCCAGGGGGGUUUGUUGGAGCAGACACUCCAGGAACCCUGAGGCCAAGGUUGUCCUUCUGAAUGUUUGAGUCACCCAGGAUGUUGUCACUUUUGGGGAACCCAGAGGAAGAUUUUGAGUCGGGUGCCCCUGUCCUGGCAAAUGGAAAUGAAGAGACCUGAGAGAGCCAAAAGCAUUUUGAAAAUGAGCUACGAUGAGGUGUGUGAAAGAGACAGGGCAGAGCCUUCUGGUCACGCUGAGUCGUUACUGUUCCUUUGUCCGGCACACGGCCAGGCAUGCGGCUGCAGGCCAGUAACUGUUUAUUGAACGAAUGAACAAACCCGUGGAAGAAAGAAGCCUGUAAAAGAAUAGAGGAACAGUUGGAAGGAGCCAGAAGUGAGGAGCUAGGAAAGUGAGGCUGUGAGGAAAAUAGGACAGACCUUGAACCGCAAAGGAGGCGGGGUCAGCAGGAGAAACUCCGCGUCACUUCAGGAGGAGGGUCAUCUUCUAAUAGCGUAACGAAUAAUAUUUGUUAAGUACCUGUUAUGUAUAAGGUGCUGGCAUGAAAAGGAGUAGCCGAAGAUCUAUCUGGGGACGUAGGAAAGAUUCAUUCAAAGAUAAACAUCUGAAACUCUGUUUUGAUUUGCAUAGUCUGUCCCAUUAACUGGGGCAAUUAAAAAUAGCUCAUAAUAAAAGGAAAAAGCUAGUUUGGUGCUAAGAUUGAAUUUGAUACAAAUGACUUACAAUCUAAUUUCAGACAUUAAAGGAUUUAUAGAUUUCAAACAAAUCAUCCCCUUAUAAAAGAACACAAAUUCUGAAAACUGUGAAAGAUGCCCCAUGUGUGUACCUCAUAAUUUAUUCAGUAUGUGAGUAUGUGCUGAGAUAGGCACAGUCCAGGUGCUGGUGAUACGAAGAUGAAUAAAGACCUUGGUUUUUCACUUUAAAGGGAGAGAGCCAUGAAAGGAGGCUAUUACAAACCAGGGGCAAUAGGGUUAAUGUCCCAAAGGAGGGGCUGAUCUCCGUUGUCAGGGAUGGGGAAAGAGGGGCCAUCAGGGAGAGUUUCCCUCCAGGAGAAAUGAUGGAGUUGGUUUAAGAUGAGCAGGAGAGUGUUCUAGGCGUGAAACAAUGAUGGGCUUGAGGACCUUGUAAGUGUCCAUCAAAUUGGAGUGUGGAGUGCUGGAGGUACCUGGUGGGGGGUGAUGAGGCUGGAAGUAUUGACCUGGGUCAGGAUGUGAAGGGCCUGUGCAUAAUGGGGGAGCCAUUUAAGAAUUGCAAGGGGAGCAACAUAAUCAAUUUUGCAUUUUAGAAAAAUUCCUUUGUUGGGGUGGGGGGUGGGUUGUUGAGCAGGGUGCAUUUGAGAGGGUGAAGGUUGCAGGCAGGGAGGCAAAUUAGGAAACCUCUGCACAUAAGAGAAGAGGAGGGCUGAACCCAAGCAAUCAGAAUGUGAAUGGAGGAGAGCCGAUGAGAUCAAGAGCUGUUUAGGAGGUGGAAUGGUAAAAUAUUGAUGUCGGAUUCGGUAUGAGAAGUACUGAUACUUGUUGCGAAAACUUACAGUAUGGCUGCUGGAUACAAAGGUAAACAUCUGAGUUACUUUGAGAGCCUGUUGCUUUCACCAGACCAUUCAAAAUACACUGUAGAGAAGGCGAGAGUGGUGUAUCAUCUGUUAUUGUUUCUAAGCCUUAGUUCAGAUAAAUGGGAAUAUGAGAAUGUUGUAAUAAUAUCCUCAAGGAAAUAAAAAUUAAAUUUUAUUUACAAUAAGAUGCAUAUUUUAAAAUAAGUUUGGAGAAUACGAAGUAACAUAUAUUUAUAACAAUAUUAAAAGUAUUAUGAAUUUCUUAUAAUCUAAUCUUAAAUUCUACAUUUGCAGCUGUGGUUUUGCAUUCAAUUUCUUUGGCUAAUUUCUUUUUUAGCUAUGAAGCCAUUUAAAACCAAGUAUUUCAAAUAAGCUGAACGUAGAACCAGAUUUGAGCAAAUAUUAAACCAAGAUUUUGAAAAAAUAAUAAAAUAUAUCCAAUCAUGUUUUUCACUGAAACCUUUAAUAAUAGAUUCAGGAAGAAAAAAAACAUUUUGUUACCGUUAAUGCAUAAAACAAGACAUUUUUAAAAUCUUUCGCCAUGACUUCAUCCUUAUAAAGUUUCUAUUUUUAUGUAUUUUAAUACUUAGAUAAUAUAUUCAUAUGGUAUUGCAUGUGUGUAAUUUAUAAAAACUACACACUAUUAAAAAUGAUUAAAGAAGACAAUUGGGUGAUAGAAACCAACAAUUUAACACUAUAUGAAGUGGUUAGUCUCCUUCGGAGAACUGCAAAAUAGGGCAGAAUGCAAGAAGCUUUUGUAAGAUAAAGAAUAAAGACCAAGGAAGAGAAAAAUAGGAAAUAUCUGGUUGGCUGGGGCCACACAGCCAAGCUCCUGUGGGCUGAGAGGCCCGGAGUUGGCUUGGCCUGUGGGCAGUGGCUGACUGGAUGGACUGCGGUUCUGGUCAAGUGGAGUAUUUUCAGGGGCAUGAAAGUUGUCUAAGUCUCUCUUUGCUGGCAUGGCACCCUGGGCAGGAGUGGCUCUAUCUUGGGCCUACAAAGUUAUUUCAACAGUACAAUAAAAUUAAGUAAAAAAUAAAUAAUAAGAGUAGUCUUCAGAAAUGUUUUACUCUUGAGGUGAGCCAUUAAAAGGUUGGGGGCAGUGGCUUGCACGAUAAAGACCAAAGCCCUUUUCAUGCCCCACGGGACCCCUUAAUAUCUGGUCAUGUCUGGGACUAGGUUCCCCAGUCACUUGGGACCUCUUGCCGUCCCCAUAACAGGCUGUGAUCUUUUAUCAGACUCUGCAACCUCACGUAGACUUUGGUUAUCUAUCUAUUGCCUUCUACUUGAAGUGCCCUCUCCUGCUUAUCUGACGCUAGUUCAUCUUUGAGAAAACAGUUCUCAAGUCACCUUCUUUCUGAAGCUUCCGCUAUUCUGAGAGAUUUAAAUUUACUUCCCUUGUGAUGCCUCUGUAUCUUUUAUAUUCUUUAAAAAUUGACCUUAUUAUGGCUACAUAGUUAUUUACUUUCACAUCUGUCUCCCCUUCUAGAUUGUUGGCUACUUGGAGACUGUGUUCCUGGCUUUUCUUCUUUGAAUCCAUGACACUUAGCACAAACACUAAAAAUAAGUGUUUACUCUACUGGUUUGUGUUGAGUUGUAGUGCAGGUUCUAGAUAUAUUUCCAUUCAAAUUAGCUGACGUACACAGCCAUGAACUGGCCCCACAUCAGAUUUUCCCCUGUGGAUGCCUCGACAUUCAAGAGAUUGCACAUAGAAAUAUAAUCUCUUAUUUCUC